UCGAGAGAUACACAUCCCUGUCGCAGUCGAGCGCAAUGGCGUCGCCGAUUGUAUUAGUCGUUGGCUCCAUCAAUGCCGACAUCUUCCUCGACGUUGCUCGAAUCCCCCUCCUUGGCGAGACGCUGGCAGCUACAGGAUCACGGUGUUUAGUUGGCGGAAAGGGAGCGAAUCAAGCCGUUGCGACCAGCCGAUCCAACGUAACAACUCGUUUGUUGUGCCAGUUUGGAUACGAUCACGCCAACCUCAUGCAAGAAUACCUUGCCGAAGCUGGAGUCACGAUUGACGAAUCCAGCAAAGUUCAUACACAAGUGGUGUCUGGGCAAGCGAUCAUUUUGUUGGUUCCCACGGGCGACAACUCGAUUGUGAUAUUACCGGGUGCAAAUGCAGUGUGGCCGACCGAAUUGACCCCCCAAAUGAAGCAAAGCGUGAAAUGCGCAUCUAUCGUGCUCCUGCAAUGCGAAAUACCAGCCUAUGUGAACCGUUUGAUCGCAGAGGAGGCCAAGGCGGUCGGAACCACUGUGAUGUGGGAUUUGGGUGGCGAAGAUCGUGAAGUGGACGACGAUUUCCUCCGCCAUGUCGACUUUGUUUGCCCCAACGAGACAGAACUGCGCCGAUGUGUGGGGUCUACCAAGUCCCUUGACACCCUCGACGAAGUGCUGGACGCUGCGCGACAGUUGCAGCAACGGGGGGCGUCUUCGGUGUUGGUGACCCGCGGAAGUGCCGGAUCUGUAUUGAUCGACAGGGAAGGUGGUGUACAUUGCCAGCCUGCGUUCGACGUUAACGUACAUGACACCACUGGAGCGGGUGACUGCUUUCGCGGGGCGUUUGCUGCCAAGUUGUCGCAGAAGGCCACACUCGCCGAGUGCCUGCGAUACGCAGCCGCGAGCAGUGCGCUCUGCGUGCAAAAGGACGGCGCGACCAUGCCAAGCCACGAAGAAACCCUUCAAUUCUUGCAAGCUCAUCCGUUAACGAACUAGUUGCAUUGAAUCAGGUCGUUUGUUAGUUGGACGAGUACAGUUUGCGGAAGUCGGCGUUCGACUUCAUCGAGGUCGUCGCUGGAUUCAGUGUGUCGACCCCCGC